UGAAUAACACCAUUCCGCAAUGGCUCGAUCUGUGGAUAAGCAAAGGCGAGUUCGAUCCAUUGUCUUACGCAUAUCCCGGAGAGAAGUCAUCCUCGCUGCUUGUCGAAAAACGCCUACGAUUUAAUGAAAUCCAAUUCGACAUUGUGUACACAUGGGUAAACGGAAGUGAUGAAAGGCACCAAGAAUUACGCAAAAUUUAUUAUAAUGGAGAUGGUCAUAAGGCCGCGAAUUCGGAAAAUCGUUAUCGUGAUUAUGACGAAUUGCGGUAUUCGGUGAGAUCGGUGGAAAUGUUUUUGGGACGUUUCGUGAAUAAGAUAUUUAUCAUUGCAACAGAUUUUGAUAAGGAGGAAGUUACGAAGAAAGGCCGAACGCAGCUUUCCGAAAUAAUGCAAGUUCCAAGGUGGUUGAAUACGACAUGGAAGGAUUGCGUCACGGGAGAACCACGUGUUCAGAUGGUAAAGCAUAGUGAAAUAUUUACCGAUCGCUCGUUAUUACCUACCUUCAACUCGUUGGCCAUAGAAAGUCAGAUGAUGAACAUUCGGAAUUUGUCGGAUCAGGUACUUUAUCUAAACGACGAUCAAUUCUUUGGCAAAGCUCUCUCGCCCAUCGAUUUCUGGACUCCGUUAUACGGUCAGGUGUUCCACCUCGAGCACCACCUCACCAUCCCACCAAAUCAUUAUGGAUCAGCGGAGGACGUGGGUGAGUGGUAUUCUCUGUAUUAUACAAAUCGAUUGUUAAGUAAAAGGUUUGGCUCCCGAUUUCGUCCCUACGUCUCCCACUCCGUGCACUCCCUCUCCACCAGCAUCUUGCGUUCCAUGGUUGCCGAAUUUCCCGAGGAAUUCAAAUUCACCUCCUCUCAUCGAUUUCGAAAUAGCGCUCUUGACCUGCACACCACUUUCUUUUUCACGCACUAUGUAAUGGAGAAACACCGUGAGGCUUUACUCCGUAGCUUCCUAAUCUAUAAAAUGGAUGUUAAUCACAACAUGAAUUAUGAACUUUCCGAAAGAAAGGCGAUAUUGAAAGAAUUAGGUGAUGGAAAUGUUUUAAGCACCCCCCGGAAGACCUUAGAGGACUACCAGACCAUCUUAAGAAGAGCGGAGAUAUACGAAACCAAGGAAACGAACUACAAAUGGUCGAGCAUGGACGGAAGUUGUAGAUUAGAUUUGGAGUAUUGCUUCGGAAAUGAGUUUAUGAGUGAUGAUGAGAAUAUUUUGGUGGAUGUAAAUAGUGUAUUCAAGGAAGUAACAGUGAAAAAAAUUGAGUGCGGUGACUGUAUAAUACAACAUUUGGUAUCCAAAAGUGAGGAAAGAGGACUGAAGGCACUCUUGCCUUCUGAGGAAUUAGAGGGAAAGGAGAAUACAGGGGAUGAGGGUGAUUCUAUAUAUGAACCCAUGAUCCCAAAUUCAAAUGUCCCAAUGUCCUACCGCACCCUUGCCAUAACAGAAAUCUCUCGCUACUCCUAUGUAAUAGGUGGGAGUUCAUUUCAAUUCAUCUAUUUGGAUCACCCUAUGAAAACGUGGGAUAAUCUAAAACACAUUUCUGAAGAAAGACCUUCAAUAUUUUGUCUAAACGACGAGGUGGGCUCCGAUGUCCAAGAAUUAAACCGAAUCAAAGAAUAUGUAAGACAAUUUAUGCGAGAGUAUUUUUAUAAUGUAAGCAUGUAUGAAAUUUCAAGCGAUGACGGUAGUGAUGGAAUUUGGGGAUGGUUUAAGAGACUUCUUUUCCUAUGA